AUGAUAAUAUACCCUAUAUUGUGUAUUAUUGGAAUAACGGGAAAUACUUUGGCAUUAAUCGUGUUGAGUCAUAGAAAUAUGUGUACUUCAACUAAUGUCUACCUUUCUGCUCUGGCUGUGUCUGAUACUAUAAAACUGCUGAAUGAUUUAUUAUAUUUUAUAAUGUUAUUAAUCUCAAUGGGCGAUGUAACGGCUGGAACUAAAAUGUUAGUAAACGUGUAUCCGUAUGCGCACUAUAUAUUCAACAUGUCCGUAUGCAUUACUGCAUGGUUAACUGUUUCGGUGGCUAUUGAACGUUACAUAUCAGUGUGCCAUCCAACACAAGCUAAACAAUUAUGUACCAUUCCUAGAGCCAGGAUUAUUUGUGUUCUGGUGUUCUUCUUUGUGAUCACACUUACUCUUCCAUCUGCCUUUAUAUAUCGACCUUUGUACAUUUAUGAUGUCGAACAAAAUGUGUCUUGCCAUGACAUUGGACUUACGGAACUGGGCUCAAAUAACACUUUUAUGGUGCCUUAUCAAUGGAUACAGAAUUCACUGAGAUCAAUCAUUCCACUUAUAGUAUUGAUAUUUGUAAAUGUAAGGAUUAUAAACGAGUUAAGGAAGGAAAGAGUAAAGGGAAAGAAAUUGUCCUCCCGAAAUAAGAUAACAUUAAUGUUGACCAUUAUAAUUGUUAUAUUUGUAGUUUGUAUUACACCAGACGCCAUCAUGUCCACGUUUUUUGGAUUAGGUUAUUAUGAAGAGACGAGUCUUGUGAAAGGUAUCAGGGAAAUUACUGAUUCAUUGCUCGCCUUCAAUUCUGCUAUCAAUUUCCUCUUAUAUUGCCUUCUGAACAAAAUGUUUCGAAACACGUUUUUGGUUGUGUUCUGUGGGCGGCAGCCAGCUCGAAUUGCCAACGGCUCCAAACGUUCUGUUCGAUAUGACAGUAGCUUUAAACGAAAGAGUACUAAACUGAAAAAUUCUUAUAACAGAAGCUCGAAAAGAUCAAAAGAUUCAAAGAUGUGA